CAUUACUUUCAACAACGGGCACAUAACGUUUAGAGCAAAGAUGCAGACAAACGUAUAGUUCAUGCUCGUGUAGAAGAUAGACAAUAAUUGCCUGAAACGGAGAAGAAUCCGUCGCGAGAUUGUCCUUUUGGACAUUAUCCACACGUGUAAAGAUGCGGCUUCCGUGGAGCGCUCUUUUUCUUCUGACAGUCGCAUUGAGCAUUGACAAAAGUACUGCUAAGGGAGGAUGCACAGGUUCUUCAUGUGGGGGUUCAUGUGACUGCAGUGGUGUUAAGGGGUCAAAGGGUGAGAGGGGACUCCCGGGUUUGCCUGGACUUGUGGGAUUCCCUGGAAUGCAAGGUCAUGAGGGCCCAAUAGGGCCGAUGGGACCAAAGGGAGAUGGAGGAGAGCCAGGGGCUCCAGGAAUGAAAGGAAACAGAGGCCCAUCUGGUGUGGCUGGUUUCCCAGGACGUCCAGGUAUUCCAGGUAUUCCAGGUCUAGAAGGACCACCAGGACCUGCAGGAAUCCCAGGCUGCAAUGGAACAAAGGGGGAGCGUGGUUUUGAUGGACCUCCAGGUCUUCCUGGACUGGAUGGAUCACCAGGUAUUCCAGGUUUGCAGGGAGAAAAGGGAGACCCAGGUGGUAUAAUUGGUGGACCCAUCCCACUGAAAGGAGACAGGGGCUUUCAAGGACCACCGGGAUCAUCUGGACCACCUGGUUCUCCGGGAACACCAGGUCGGACUGGCCCAACUGGACCUAUGGGACCUCCUGGAAGGCCUGGUAAUCCUGGUCUAAAAGGAGAGCCGGGUGACAAGCUGGCAUUUCAAGGCGAGAAAGGAGACAAGGGAGCAAGAGGUUUGAUGGGUCCCCCUGGUCCACCUGGAAGACUGGGGGAAGUUGAAGGCUCAACAAUAACACAUUAUGUUCCUGGACCACCGGGUGACAGAGGCUCUAAAGGAGAAAAGGGAGAAACAACUUCGUGUUUACCAUAUCUAGCUGGAAUCAAAGGUGAACAAGGACCACCAGGACCAAUUGGAAAGCCCGGGAAAGAUGGACUAAAUGGAGAAAAGGGGGAAAGUGGCUCACCUGGUGAUCAUGGGGAUGAUGGUUUAAAGGGUACCAAAGGAGAACCAGGACCACCAGGUUAUGGUGAGGGUCUUCCUGGGCCGCGUGGUUUGCCUGGUCCCGCUGGAGCACAAGGAGAAAGAGGUUACCCCGGGGAACGUGGAUAUCAAGGUCCCCCAGGCAGAAAUAUUGAGGGCCCUCCUGGACCACCUGGCUUACCUGGAGAAAUUGGGCAAAAGGGAGAUAAAGGAGCUGAUGGGGAGUCUCUUAGAGGAUUUCCUGGAGAUGAUGGUCCUCCUGGGGAACCUGGUCCACCUGGAGAGAUCAACAGAGAUUGUAAUAUCGAAAAAGGAGCUCAAGGCCCUCCUGGACCUAUAGGGUUGCAGGGGGAGGUGGGGCAAAAAGGUGAUCGAGGUGACACAUGCACUUCUUGCAAUGGUCAGGUGGUCCCAGGAUUGCCUGGUCCCCAGGGGCCAAAGGGUCAUCAAGGUUUUCCUGGAACAGCAGGAAGUAAAGGAGAAAAGGGUGUUGCCGGACCGGUUGGGCCUGCUGGAAAUCCCGGUCAGGAUGGCUUUCAAGGUUUAAUGGGUGCCCCUGGUGCUCAGGGUGAGCCUGGUGAUAUUUAUGUGGCACCAGGGCUGAAAGGAGACAAGGGUUUUCCUGGUAGAACAGGAGAUAGAGGAUUUCCAGGUGUUGAUGGUCUCCCAGGAAACGAUGGCCGACCAGGGCAACCUGGACCCAAAGGAGAGCCUGCUAGAGAAGGUAUUAAGGGUGAACCCGGCCCUGCUGGAGAUCCAGGUAGAACUGGCGUCCCAGGUGAGAGAGGUCCCCCAGGGUUCCCAGGAGUAGGUCGACCAGGUGAACCUGGUGAAAAAGGCACUGCAGGGUAUCCAGGUGUACCAGGACGGCAAGGAUUGCCAGGACCUAAAGGUGAAGCUGGUAAAGUUAUAUCUUUACCUGGGCCCAAGGGUGCCCCAGGACCUCGUGGGGAGAGUGGCAUACCUGGUCUUCAAGGAGAUAGAGGUUUUCCAGGUGAACGUGGGACUCCAGGAUUUCCUGGAGAGAAAGGCGAUUCUGGGCAACCAGGAAAGGGAUCUCCUGGACCCCCAGGGCCAAAAGGACACUCUGGGAUUCCAGGUGCAGCUGGCCUUCCAGGGGAGCCUGGUCGUCCAGGUCAGGAUGGCUCUCCCGGUCGUGCAGGAACACCUGGGCCAAAAGGUGAACCUGGUAGGGGUCUUCCUGGCCCUAAAGGCUCCACAGGUCAGAAAGGACUUCCAGGAUUUCCAGGAGAGAAGGGUAAUACUGGAAUGCCAGGUAUUCCUGGGAUUGAAGGAAAAACAGGGUCACCUGGCCCUCAGGGAGUUAAAGGUGAAUCUGGGCCACCAGGAGUUCGUGGUUCGGCAGGACCACCAGGUCCUCCAGGGCUUGGGGAACCUGGACCAACUGGACCAAUGGGGCCACCUGGAGGCCCUGGACCUUUUGGUCAAACAGGUAUAAAGGGAGAGAAAGGAAAUCAAGGACAACCUGGCCGUGAAAUGCCAGGCCCUCCAGGAAACCAGGGUAGCCCUGGUGUCCCAGGGUUACCAGGCUCUAAGGGGUUUCCUGGACAAAUAGGGUUGCCUGGUAAAGAUGGCUUUCCUGGUGAGCGAGGACAAAAAGGAGAAAUGGGAUUUAUGGGGAUGGCAGGACCUCCCGGACCUCCAGGUUUAACUGGAAACCCUGGAGAACCUGGACCAAGAGGUGACCCAGGUUUAACUGGACCCCGGGGAGAAUAUGGUGUGGAGGGUAUUAAGGGUGAGAGAGGAGAGCGGGGUCUUCAGGGGCCAACUGGUAACAUAAGUGAUUACAUGGUGGGAAUGAAAGGAAAUAAAGGAGACAUUGGAGACAGAGGUGAUCCUGGUCCUGCUGGAGAAAAGGGAUAUCCUGGAACACCUGGGGAGACUGGAGCGGCAGGAAAGGAUGGACUGCCAGGAUUACCCGGACAACCAGGUUUGAAAGGGGACUCUGGACUUCCUGGGUUCCCAGGACGUACUGGAGACCCUGGAGAGACAGGUUCAAGAGGAGACAUGGGAGAACCAGGUCCAAUGGGGCCAAAAGGCACUAAAGGUACUGCUGGAAUAACAGGCCACCCGGGAUUUAAGGGCUCUGAGGGACUUAAAGGGGAUAGAGGAGACCCGGGUGAGCCAGGAGUAGGAUUCCCUGGUCCCCCUGGACAAAAGGGAAAUAUAGGAGACCCUGGUUUUCCUGGUGAACCUGGACAGAAGGGAGAGAAAGGCACAAUUGGAACUCCAGGUGUUACUGGUAGUCAAGGACCUAAAGGAGACCCAGGAUCCGCUGGUUACCCAGGUAGCCCAGGGAGGCCAGGUGAGAAGGGUGUCAGUGGGUUGCCAGGUUCUCCAGGAGAUCCUGGAUUUCCAGGACGUGAUGGUGAACCUGGUCUACAGGGUCCUCCAGGCCCAAAAGGAGAUAAAGGUGUACCAGGAGAAGAUGGCAUUCCUGGAUCAAUUGGAGAGAAGGGUGUAUCUGGUAUUCCUGGGUUGGGAUUCCCUGGACCCCGUGGAGAAUCUGGCAGCAAAGGUGAUAAAGGCUCCCCUGGUAUUCCUGGCCUUCCUGGGAGUUCAGGUAUUCCUGGAACCAAAGGAGAUAAGGGUCUGCCAGGCUACCGAGGGGAUCAAGGUCGCCCUGGAGAAAGAGGAUUUCCAGGAACACCUAUGGAGGGACCUAAAGGGGACAGAGGAAGUCAGGGGGAGUCAGGAGAAAAAGGUGCAAUAGGUGAACCAGGCCCACCUGGUAUUCCAGGCAAUUUUGGAGCUAAAGGAGAUAAAGGAGAUGUGGGCUACCCAGGUCCACAAGGCUCCCAAGGUUAUAAAGGAGACAAAGGUUUUGCUGGCAUUCCUGGUGAGUCUGGAUUGCCUGGUUUUAAUGGGCCCAAGGGUGAGAUGGGACCACAGGGCGUUCCCGGUUUCCCUGGUGCAAAGGGGGGUUUAGGAGUGAUCGGUCCGAAAGGUGAAAGUGGGGACAGAGGAUAUCCAGGACUUAAAGGCAAUGAAGGCCCCCCUGGACCCCCUGGGCCACACACAUUUGUAAAGGGAGAUCCUGGUCUUUCUGGCCCCCAAGGUAUCCAAGGUCCAGUUGGACCCCAAGGCUUUCCCGGAAUAAAAGGAGAACAGGGUGUGACGGGUUCACCAGGUUUAAAAGGAUCUGAUGGGACACCUGGCUAUAAUGGACAUCCGGGAGCCAAAGGAGAGCCCGGACCAACUGGACCCUCUGGUCCCAGAGGUUACCCUGGACCUCCAGGGCCUGACGGUAUUCCAGGUCGCCUUGGCCCCCCUGGACCUUCCUCGAUGGACCACGGCUUCCUGGUAACUCGUCACAGUCAGAAUGUUGACGUUCCACAAUGUCCAGAUGGAACCACGCUGAUAUACGAUGGAUACUCCCUCCUUUAUGUCCAAGGCAACGAGAGAUCACAUGGGCAAGACCUAGGCACAGCUGGCAGCUGCCUAAGGAAAUUCAGUCCUAUGCCUUUCCUUUUCUGCAACAUCAACAACGUAUGCAACUUUGCAUCUCGCAAUGACUAUUCCUACUGGCUCACCUCUCCAGAGCCAAUGCCCAUGAGCAUGGCUCCCAUUACCGGUCAGAGCAUAAAACCCUUCAUCAGCAGAUGUUCAGUAUGUGAAGCUCCUGCUAUGGUUAUAGCCGUACACAGUCAGACCAUCAUGAUCCCACCCUGCCCUGACGGUUGGGCUUCCAUGUGGAUCGGAUACUCUUUUGUCAUGCACACCAGUGCUGGUGCUGAGGGUUCGGGUCAGGCUUUAGCCUCGCCUGGCUCUUGUUUGGAAGAGUUCCGCUCUGCUCCCUUCAUUGAGUGUCACGGCCGUGGCACCUGCAACUACUACGCUAAUUCAUACAGCUUCUGGUUAGCCACCAUAGAUGACAGCGAAAUGUUUACGAAACCUAUCCCAACAACACUAAAAGCUGGGAAUCUACGGACUCACAUCAGCAGGUGUCAGGUGUGCAUGAAGAGAGUAUAGACCGGUCUCAGCGUUGCCUCUGGUCUGUAUGUUCCAGCUUUAUGAACAAACUACGAAACAUAUGGUGCUACUUCUAUGAAAAGCCAUGGAAAAAGAACAUGUAUAGAAAAACUACACGUCUCAACGUUCCCAAGAUCAUAGCAACGGAAGAUCAAGAUCUACCGGCACAUUUGCCUUACUAACAUUGUACCAUUGUGUCUUUAAUGAAUGACACCUGUUUACACUUGCACUGAGUAUAUCUAUUAGUAAGCAGGUAAUCACCCUGACCAAGAGCUUACAUGAAUUGGAUGCUAUUUCAAUUCAGGCCUUCAUAUGUUUUUUAUCUUUAUUUAUCAUGCCACUCAGUAAUAUCAAAUGCAAAUAUCCUGUUUAUUUCUAUCUAUUUUAUAAUCAACUUUCACUAACUUUUGUACUUCACCGCAAGCAAGUUUGUCAGCACCCUCUUUGAAUGAUGUAGGAAACGUAAAGUUUGAGCUUUGUUUUUUUAUUUACAGCAGUAGUUAACACAAUGCCAUCAUUAACUUUUCAGGUAAAUCGAUUUUGUUAGACUUAAUUAUUUAUGUAAGAGAGUUUAAGCGCCACAGGGCCUUUUGCUUUCUAGAUUGAUGGUUGAUUUCUACUAACCACUGCGGAGUCAAAUUUUGGCACAUAAACUGUCAUAUUCUGCACUGUUUUCUAAUGCCACCGUGUGGCCUGAAACCCACAAUGUUUAAAUCCAGGUUUUGGUGUAUACUGUAUGUGUGUGUUCAUGCUUAUGGGUGUGUCUGGUCUGCCUGCCUUUGGUGCAUUAAUGUUGUCGUUACUCUUAGAUAAUGGCACGGUUUCAAUAAGGUGGGCUUGCUUUUUAUGCCAAAGAUUUCCCGGUAAGACCACCUCCUAUAAACGGAUGCUUUUUUGGUAAUGUUGUCCUCUUACCUGUUCACAUAGGCAUAGCAGACCACAAAUCUUCCAAAGAAACUUGUGAUUAAGUUUGAAGAUUACUGCUGGUGGAUAAAAUUGUCAUCUUUCUAUUUUCCUGUCACUCCCCAUUUAAACAAAGAAAGUAAAAACACUCACACAUCUCACAAUUAUAAGAUGCUUUUUGUUUCUCUGCUCAUGUUUUGUCUUUCUAAAGCAAGAUGCAUGAUGUGCUUGAUGCCCAUUACCUCUUUUGCCUUUAAAUUAACCAAAAAGUUUUCAUUAACCUUUUAACAUCUUCCAUGUAAUAUGCAAUUGACUUGAAUGCUUGGCUUGAUUCUGGAUAACCUUGAAGACUCAUAUCAAAAUGCUAAUCCAGAAUGUAGAGUUCAUGUCUGAAGUUAACACUUUUCCUGCCAUAUUUGAUAAAAACUUUCUUAUGAGUAACUUAUGCGUUACUUUACUUUUGUCUUAAUGCCUCAGCUGUUAGUCCAAAGAGCCUACACGCAACCCAUCUACGUAGAAGAUUUGUUGCUUAUGCUGUUAAUAUUUAUCAUUUACACUACACUGAUAAUACUUGACUAUGAAAUCCACACUACUUGGCUCUAUACAAAAAAAAAAAAAACCCUUGUAUAUAAAGUUCACCACAGUUGACCUAAAGCUGUUCCACUAAUUUAACCAAAGGCAAAUGCCGGCUGUGUUUAGAUAUUAAGGUGCCUUGACAUUAGGUGUGAAGAAUCAUAAAUGUGUUUCAGAGCCCACACAUUGGUGUUUCUCCUUUCGUCUGUGUCACUGACCUCACACACCCGCUGUAGCUAUGUGCAUUGUUGUACCCAUGAAUGUUCAUUUCUAGUAUUAACGGCUCUCGCUUUCUUUUGGAAUACGGGGGUUGAGUGAAAUUUAAGUUGCUUUUCAAAUGAUUUCAGUGAUGUCCUCACCCCUAACCGUGUCAUACAAUAAAAUGUUUGUAUAAACGUUUGUUUUUAUA